CGGCUAUGUGAAAUGAAACACUGAACGCGUGCCAAUAACAAAAUAUGCUCCGGAAGAUGAUGUACUUCUGCUCUAUCGCUGUGUUGGUGAUGCUUGCGGAACUGUCGAGCGUCAGCGGCCACGGCUACAUUUGUGAUCCUCCGGGCCGGUCUUCCAUGUGGAGGAAGGAGUGCGGCGGAUUUUCUACACCGACAAACGUCAACGACAUGGGUCUCAACUGCGGAGGAUUAGAGGUCCAAUUUAACGGAGUCAAUCAAGGGCGAUGUGGCGAAUGCGGCGACGAAUGGAGUUUGCCGCGUCCGAGAUCUAACGACGAAGGAGGCCUCUACGGUACCGGAAUUAUCGGCAAAACUUACAAACAAGGAAGUGUUAUCAAUACGACCGUGCUGUUGACAGCCAACCAUUUCGGCUACUUCACAUUCCGCCUCUGCCCGAAGACGUCCGCCCAAGAGCUUGUGACCCAAGAGUGUUUAGAUCUGAAUUUGCUGACGUUUUCAGACGGAUCCACGAAAUUCCCAAUUCAAACGCAAGGUGUGUAUUUCUACCCGAAGGUUCAAUUGCCGGCGGGUUUGACUUGCAGCAACUGCGUUCUCCAGUGGCGUUACACAGCCGGCAACAAUUGGGGAAUUUGUGAGGAUGGUAGUGGUGCUGUCGGCUGUGGCGAUUAUCAGGAGACGUUCGUCAAUUGUGCUGACAUCGCCAUCGUUUAACUUCGCUCCAAUAAUGAAAAUCAAUUGCAGAUAUUCCGACUCGACAAUUAUCCGAAUUUACCUGACUGGAAAUAAUUAGAUCGUUGAACAGCUAGUGAAAUUUCGAACAUUUUAUUUUGAGCUCAAUUUUCUCAAGAUCGAAUUGAACUAGUUAUUACGAAUUAUUCCAGAUUUAAUUCAAAUACAAUUCUUUAAGGGGAAUAUAAAGAUGCCAAAUUAUGUAGACCACCUUUCUUUAUAUUAGUUUCAAUAUAUUCCAAUGCAUAUCAAAUUCCUGUACAUAUAAAAUAUACUACAUCAUGUCGGUGCCACUUUUAACCAAAA